AUGGAAAGGCGAUGCGUUCGAGCUCUUGAUACGACUGGCCUUGACCGCCCGGGUAAGAGUGCUUUACGAGAAGUCCUACGCUUGUGCCCCAUGUACCCGACCUCCGCGAUUGUAGCUCUUGAAGCCCUCGAAGCACUAAACGAGCAGAAUGCCAUUAAAAGACCGUCCCAAUCAGCAAGCGUGGAUAGUCUAUAUGGCGAAUCGGUACACCUUUUGUCGAAAGAAAUAUCGAGCAACAGCUCUUCGCCAAUGUCACUCUACAUAACAGCCUUGCUACUGCUGGCCAUCGAACUGCUUCAGCGACGGCGUCAGAACGGCUUGAAGCACGGAAUUGCUGCAGUCCAGUCACUGUCCACAUCCACUAAUCAGCAGCCUGGGAGCCGUAGCAUCGGCCAUCUCGGCCGUAUCUACGACCUACAAUGUAUGUUGUAUUCCGAAGGUGUCCGGCUCCCAACGUUGGAAGCUGCAGAUCCUCCAGUAUUCUCCAUCCACGAGGAAGUUGACUGGCGGCAAGUGGAAUGCCGCAGCAUUGAAGCCUUGCAUUAUGCGCAGGCAUGCAUCGCUCGAGUCUACCAUGACUCGAUUGCCGCAGACACCGGCAUGCACGAGUCUGCCAUAUCAGGCUGUACCCAGCGGCUUGUCAAGUGGCGGGAGUGCUUGCAGAGGCAGUUGACUGUCAUAAAAGAUGCCUCAAGCAGGUCAAUCUUACUGAUCCUGCAGAAUCUGUUCAUCUUGACGUUGUUGCAAGUCAAGUGUCUCUUCGUCACAUAUGAGAUGCAGUGGGACGCUCAUCGAGACGAUUACGAUGCUAUUGUGCAGAGCGCUGACGAGUUCUUCGCUGCCUGUGCCACGGCCAGCGACGAUAAUUGUUCGUCCUUCACACUUCAAGUCGGCGUCAUCCCACCGUUGCACAUGGUCGCUCUCAAAUGCCGCCACCUUGACCUGCGCAAACGAGCAAUCGCGCAUCUCGAAAGUGCCGGAUGCGAGGGUCCAUUCAUCGGUCCGCAACUGGCGGCUAUGGCAAGGAGUUGCAUGGAACUCGAGCGACAGAUGACCAGCGACGGCGUCGCAUCCACGGACGCUUCCGCGAAUCAGUUGUCCUCCAAACUGCCAGAAGAGCACCUUCGAGUGGCGAACUGCACCCUACUCGAGCACAACGGCGAAGCCAAUGGCUCAAACCGCUCGAGUCCCUUUACCGGGUGGACGACCGUAAGGUUCCUCAGGAGAAGAAAACCCGGCACAGUGACUCGUGCGCGAGUUCUAACAUCGACCUCAUUUCGAUCUGCACCAGAUCUUGGCCAAUUGCAGGGCGAGGAGCUAGAUCCAGAGAUGUGGGAGGAGUGGACCGAGAAGAUCUUGUUUGGAAAAGAGGUGGAUCGAAAAGACCAGCUAUCUCGCACGGCAAAGUUGGCUGGAAUAGCAACCUCGAAAACCCCGACCCCACGUAACGAGCAGUGA